AUGCCGCAUAAUAAUCCCGAGCUUGCCGGCGAAAACUCCCGAAAACGCAGUAGGCGCGCCGGCCAGGUCUGUGAGCGCUGCCACGAGAAAAAAUACGGGGUCGACAUGCCAUCGAGACGAGGGAAGAAGAAGCGACCUCUUUCCCCAAAUGAGGGUGUCGAGCAAGAGGUUAUGCGCCCCCUAGGGCCAAGUUCGGCAGAGACAGAGUCAAUUCUCCCAUCGACAAACAAUGCUGAUCCCAAGGCACCACUCAUUCAACAGCCAUCUCCGCUUCUUUCACUUCAAAGUGCGCUUGAGAGCCAAGAAAGUACCCAGAGUGCCCUAGGGAUCUGGCCAAACGACCAAAAUGAGAAAGUGCAGGAGUAUCGACAGCACCAGACCUUUCUGGGCAAUACUGGGUAUAUGCAAAUGUUCAGCAAUGAAAGGCCUGGGGAGGAUGAAGUGCCACCAAAGCCUUUGCCCUUAGUUUGUGAACCGAUAUCCUACCCUAUUUCCGAAGAUCUUUUGGACAUUUAUUUGGAAAUUUAUUUCGAAUAUGCCAAUGUGUGGUGUCCGGUACUGGACUGGGCCAUACUAGAUUCCCAUCCGCAAAUUUUGGGAUCGCCCUUUUUCCAUAAUGCAUUGGCUUUAUGUGCCAUCAGGCUUCGACCCCCCCUCAUCGGCCCCACAUAUCCCGAAGAACACUACUUGAGGGCCAAAAGCCUGUUCUAUGGCAAUUGUGAGAGUAACCCUUUAAUCCAGAUCAUUUCCAUCAUGCUAUUCUACUGGUGGAGUCCGGGGCGACCCAAUGUAGCGAGCUUAGACACUGGCCGCUGGUGGGUCGGCACUGCCAUUCGCCUCGCCGAAGAGAUUGGUCUGCAUCAUGAUAAGGGCCCCGCAGAGUCUUACAUAGGGGAGACAAGUGGACUCAAGCGCAGAAUAUGGUGGACGCUCUUUGCUCGGGACCGUAUUGUUGCCCUCGCCCAGGGCCGACCUUGUUUCAUCAAUCCCGAGUAUUGCAGCGUACCUAUGGUGACCGUGCAUGACUUCCCCGACCCAGCAGAUUUGAAGGCCUCUAUCUUUGUACACUGGGUCAGAAUGUGGGAAAUUGUCGGAAGAAUCCACAAGGAGAUGUACCAAUCGAAAGAUUCCUUUUCACCGAAGCCUACUUUUGUCCCCGAGAUGAUCGAUUGGGUGCAAUCUCUUCCUGCCUCUCUUCAAUUACCUUUCAGCUCUCGUCGAACGGUCGACUACAAUCGUGACGUGCACGACCUCCACCUCGGCUACCUCACCACCAUCACUUUGCUCUACCUGAACAAGAGCGACGAGUCUGUUCCGACAGCCCAGAUCCCGGCAAUUGCAGCUGCAUCCUGUAUUGCCCGCAUCUUCAAAGACUUUCUAGCUCGUGGGUCAGUUCGUUUUCUAUUGACACAGGCGACAUGGAGUAUUGCUUUGGCUAUCUUGGCUUUGAUUCAUGCACGCCGCAUUGAUGGCUUGGCACAUCACGCCGAGGAGGACAUCCGUGUUCUUCGUACAGCCCUUGCACAAUUGGCGCCAUUAUCAUAUCCUGGAAAGAUGUUUUGUCAGGGAAUUGAAAGGAUUCUUGAUCAAGACCACGCAGCGACAGGAGCUCAGGCUUGUCCGGCUCCAGAUGCUGGAAACGUGAGUCAAGAAUGUUGGCAGCCUGUGGCAAGUGCCUCUCCAAUUGACAUUGAUGAGCAAUGGACGGAGUUUUUCCCAUAUGUGGCUACUGACACGAGCCCUUUGAUUGCCAAUCUUCUGGCAAGCCAUGGCACAUUGUCGACCUUUGCCGAGCCAGAUUGGCCGGCGGAUAUUCUUCCGCUCUUAAACGAAGUUUUCGCAGACUCUCACAUGCUUCUGGCUGGCCAUUUUUGA